GUUUCAGUCAUUGGCGGUUGGCUGCACGCAGCGGUAGCUCACGCGUCGGUUACUUCCAUCGCUGAUCAAGUAUCACAUUCAUCAACGUGAGUUAGUGUUUACAAACAUUCGCCUUCGGCAAAGACAGCUGGCGUGUAGGGUGCAGUUACCUAAGUAAAGCCAAUAUUUACGCACGUCACGUGAAGUUCCUGCUACUUAAGAGAAAGCUGAAAUAAUAUCGCAUUAAAAUGAUUUUAGUUGCAAUCUCAGCAGUCAUCCUCUUUCCGAUUGGUAAACUGCUGGCAACUGUUGCGGGAGCCACCGCACCAAACAUCGUGUUCAUUCUAGCCGAUGAUCUCGGUUGGAACGAUGUCGGCUUCCACGGCUCGGCACAGAUUCCCACCCCCAACCUGGAUGCUCUUGCCUAUUCCGGAAUCAUCCUGAAUCGCUACUACGUAACCCCAAUCUGUACCCCAUCUCGGUCGGCUCUCAUGACCGGAAAGUAUCCGAUCCACACCGGAAUGCAGCAUGCCGUGCUGUAUGGCAUGGAACCGAGAGGACUCCCGUUGACAGAGAAAAUUCUUCCGGAAUAUCUUAGGGAACUGGGAUACAAGAAUCAUAUCGUAGGCAAGUGGCACCUCGGUCACUACACCCGACGGUACACUCCACUUCAACGAGGAUUCGACUCGCACGUUGGCUUCUGGACCGGACAUCAUCAUAUGUUUGAUCACAGUGCAGUCGAAACGGAAACCUGGGGCCUGGACAUGCGCCGCGGGUACGAUGUUGCAUAUGAUCUACACGGUCAGUACACUACACACGUCGUGCGGGAUGAGGCCGUAGCCAGAAUUCAAGCUCACAACACAUCGGAUCCGCUGUUCCUGUACGUUGCACACGCGGCAGUACAUUCAGCUAAUCCGUACGAUUUCCUACCGGCUCCAGACUCGACCGUCGACAGGAUGAAACAUAUCGAUAACUACCAACGACGAAAAUUUGCUGCAAUGUUGACGGAGUUGGACGAUUCGGUAGGAGCCGUCGUGCAAGCGUUAAACAAUCGAGGAAUGCUAGACAAUACGAUUGUCAUUUUUAGCUCUGAUAAUGGAGGCCCAGCAGAGGGCUUCAACAGUAAUGCCGCAUCCAAUUGGCCUUUGAGGGGGGUGAAAAAUACACUCUGGGAGGGUGGCGUACGAGCAGCCGGUUUUAUUUGGAGCAGCGCCCUUGAAAGCACCCGGCGAGUCUCCAAACAGGUUAUUCACAUAAGCGAUUGGUUACCAACGUUGUUGGAAGCAGCCGGCUACGAUAUGGAAAAUCUUCCCUCGGAUUUGGACGGUUUGAGCGUCUGGGAACAACUACAUAAUGGAAACGAUACUGAUCGUCGAGAGGUUCUUCAUAACAUCGACGAUAUCUGGGGUAGUGCUGCAUUAAGCGUUGAAAAAUGGAAAGUUCUUAAGGGGACAAACUACAAUGGCCAGUGGGACAGUUGGUACGGACCAGCGGGUGAUCGAGAUCCCAAUAGUUACAAUCUUACUGCAGUCUUCUGUUGCCCCACUGGAAAGAUUUUGCAAAAAUUAAAAUUACUUCCACCUGUGGAUGAAAUUUUCCAGCUACGAAAAGAGGCAACCAUCGAAUGUGAGGAGUCUGCUACUAUAAGCCAUUGUAAUCCGCUGGAAAAACCAUGCUUGUUCGACGUUGUUCAAGACCCGUGCGAGUUCCAGAAUUUGGCGGACAAAUAUCCGACCAUUUUGGAAACGAUGCUGAAGAAACUCGAUGAGUAUAAUGCAACGGUGGUACUACCGGGUAAUACGCCUUUGGAUAGGCGAGGAGAUCCCAAAUUUUGGGGUUAUACUUGGCAUAAUUUUGGAGAUGAUCUGUUGCCUAUACAAGUGUUGGUAAAUAAUGAAUAAUAUUAGGUAUGAAAUAACAAAUCGAUUGCUUUGCGUUUUACCUUCAUCCAAACACCAGGACCAAUAUCCAUUCGUUAACAUGUUUAUCUCUACUGUUUAAAUAU